AUGGGCGUCUUUCUGGCCUACUUCCCGACUUGGCUCAAAUUCCAUGAGCUCUUCAGACUUGGUGCCUACAUCCACCCAUUCGACUUCAUUUCGAGCGUCUAUACCCGCGACCUGUGGGCUUCAGAUCGUUACAAGGUGUAUGGAGGCAGCUGGGAAGCGGAAUUUGGCUCUCUGAAGGACUUUGAAGACCCCUUCGCAUUCCUGACCCCUGCUAUGCAAGAGGGUUCUGCACUUGGUGGGCCGUUUCUUCCCCUGGAGUGCACUCUCAGCGAAGUUCAUCACCGCAUGGGCCUGGGUUCGAUCUGGACAAUCGGCUUGCCUUUGAUGCCUGCGCCCAUUGAGGAGAAUGGCAAGAAGUCCUGCUACAGGGUGUAUGCGUUUCCCAAACAUUGGGAGAAAGAGAUACUCUUCCGAUUCGGCUACACCCUCCCCAGAACGUCCUUGGCUACCAUGGCCAGCGUCACCACUCCCAUCAGCGAAGAUAUCAUCACCCGGGGAUGGCGCGGCAUUUCUUCUCACAUUGACCGCCGCCAUGGUAGGGUCGCUUACCACAUUGGCACCAAACUCGGAACGCCGACAGGAAAGAUGCAUCCUGGCUGGACCACGCAUCUUCCUGGCAAAGACGGCCUCCUUUGCAAGAGAUAUGGCUGCCAUGACCUCACCAAAACCCAACUUGGGCCUACGGUUACUGGGCCAGUGUCUCAGGAUGCCAUAUCCAUGAAUGACAAUGGCUCUCAUCCACAAAAUCUCUCGCCAACCCGCUCGCUCACCUCAAACUGGCCACAAGUGCGAUUUGGCAGCCCCAUCGACCUUGCUGAAGUUGAUUCGGCAGAUGUGACCCGCUGGAGUCCAGUGGACAUCAAGCCUGAUUCUUUUGAGGCCCGGAUUGUCCCAGGUGUGCCAGUUGAAGUUCAUGGUCCGCCAGUCUCUGCGCAACCCUCCCAGUUGCUUCACGCCACAUUGAAGCGAAGGGCAACUGAUGACCUUUAUCACCCUGGAACUCCCAAAAAGAUGAAGACCGCGGCCGAAACCCACCUGAACUUAGAGGGGCUCGAUGCCAACGACACGUGCAGGCUCAUGGGCCAUGCCCACGAGGAAGUUCUCGGUGUUGCUACAAUAGCAGGUCUUUUCGAUCCCACGCACUUUGAAGUUGGGCCCAGCGGCACUAUCGGUCUCACGGAAUCCGGGCUCUUGGCAGUUGCAGACUCAAAGGCCGCCAGAGGCGGCAACUCCGAAGCCCUUCAGAAUUGGAUAAGGAGAAAGUGCGCCCUGAUGGUUGCUGAAGUGCGACAUCGCGUGGAUUGUGGUGGUUUCUGGAGAGAUGGACACACGUCUCUACUUCCUUUGAAGAAUCUCCUGAAUGGGGGCCAGGAGAUUUCGCCAGGGGAGGUAGUGCAGUGCAUCUCACGAAUAUACGAGCAAAUCGCUGAUUCUCUUGAAGAUCUUCUAGAGACUGCAAAGACUCUCAAGAGCCAGAGACAUGAGCCCAUGACGGAAGAGACGAAGACAGCGGUUAUGAGGGCCCUUAAUACACUCUACAGUCAGCAUGAAGUUGGGAGGCUCUCUUCUGCUACCCGUUUAAGAGUGGCCAACACCCUCCCAGGGAGGCCUCGGUUGGAAAUGGCCCAGUACCUUGUUGGUAUCGCUACAAACUACCUCGACCCAGUCGUCUUCAACGAUGGAGCUAUGAAGCGUGUCAAGCCCCUUGAGGAUAAACUGCAGUUAGUUCGGUCUUUGAGGCAGCGGAGAUAG